AUGAAUCAAGAAGAAGAGAAGCCUGUGGAAGAAGCUUCUUCUUCAAUGGAGAGAGAGCACAUGUUCGACAAAGUGGUAACACCAAGCGACGUAGGGAAACUAAACCGACUCGUGAUCCCAAAGCAACACGCAGAGAGAUACUUCCCUCUAGACAAUUCCUCGACAAGCGACAACAACAAAGGUUUGCUUCUAAACUUCGAAGAUCGAACAGGAAACUCAUGGAGAUUCCGCUACUCUUACUGGAACAGCAGCCAAAGCUAUGUCAUGACUAAAGGUUGGAGCCGUUUCGUCAAAGACAAGAAGCUUGAUGCUGGAGAUAUCGUUUCUUUUCAGAGAGAUCCAUGUAAUAAAGACAAGCUCUUCAUCGAUUGGAGGAGACGACCAAAGAUUCCCGACCAUCAUCAAACUGCUCAUCAGUUCGCCGGAGCUAUGUUCCCUAGGUUUUACUCUUUCCCUCAUCCUCAGAUGCAGACGGCAAAUUACGAAACUCACAACCUUUACCAUCGGUUUCAACGAGAUCUAGGAAUUGGGUAUUAUGUGAGGUCAAUGGAGAGGAAUAAUCCAACGGCUGUGAUUGAAUCUGUGCCGGUGAUGAUGCAAAGAAGAGCGCAAGUGGCUAUGGCUUCAUCGAGAGGAGAGAAGAGGUUAAGGCUGUUUGGAGUAGAUAUGGAGUGUGGAGGCGGAGGAGGAGGAAGUGUGAAUAGCACGGAGGAAGAGUCGUCGUCUUCCGGUUGUAGUUUGCCACGUGGCAGCGUUUCUAUGGCUGGUGCUGGCUCUCUCCUCCAGUUGAGGUUAGUGAGCAGUGAUGAUGAGUCUUUAGUAGCAAUGGAAGCUGCGAGUCUUGUUGAGGAUCAUCACUUCUUCACAAAGAAAGGAAAGUAA